CCGAAACUAGACAAAAGAAAAAAAAUACGGUCGCCAAAAUGAAAUCGGCGGAUGCUGAAGAGCAGUGAACGAGAAACGCACAGCGUGGCGAGGUUUCCAUGACAACUGGCACCUCCGCUCUUGCCAAUGACCCCCCCAAAAAAACAAAACAAAAACAAAUCCAAGUCUUAUACUGACGCGCUUUGCCUCUCGCCUCGUCUCUAAAGAGAUGGGCGGCUGUCCUGCUCCGAGAACAGCGUGCUCUCGAAGCACGUUUGACCCGAGAUGUAGUUCGAGUCGGUGGGGUUGGAUUGCUCUGACUUCCAUUGAGUUGUUUUUCCUCCUGAGCGCUCCGCCAUGUUUGGAGACAUUAGUGCUGUUUGGGGCGAGAGGUGUGUUGCUCUCUGAGGAGGGAAGGACCGCUUCCGAUGACAUUUUUGUUUCCCCUGCAAAAUGCACACCUACCCUGUGCGUUUUAUUUAUUUAUUGACUUUUUAUAGCCCGCGGAGGCAUGUGAAUUCGUGUCCUUUUAAACGUUAACGGACCCCAGACCUCCUCUUUUUUAAAAAAAAAACAACAAAAACAUACACGAAGAUUUCCUAGGGGCUGGCUCCUUCCACCGGACUUUCCCUGUCUGCUUUCGGGAUGUUUUCUAAAAAACCGCAUGGGGACGUCAAAAAAUCCACACAGAAGGUGCUGGACCCCAAGAAAGACGUCCUGACCCGUCUGAAGCACCUGCGGGUUGUGAUAGAGAAUGCUGAUUCAAUUGACCUGAAGCACUUCUUUGACCAGAACUACUCCCAUAUCUACUAUGUGUUUUUUGAAAAUUUUGUGACUAUUGAAGUCAGCCUAAAGCAGAAAGGUCACAAAUCACAAAGGGAAGAACUUGACUCCAUUCUUUUUAUAUUUGAGAAAAUCUUACAGCUUCUACCUGAGAGGAUCCAGGAGCGAUGGCAGUUUCACAGCAUAGGCUUAAUUCUAAAGAAGCUUCUCCAUACUGGAAAUUCCUUAAAGAUCCGGAGGGAAGGCGUCCGUCUGUUCCUGCUGUGGAUGCAGGCGCUCCAGACGAACUGCCUUUGUGAGCAGCUGUGCAUGUUUGCUUGUCUGAUCCCCGGAUUUCCACCUCCCAUCUCGGAGCACGGACCUCGGACCCUGGACAACCUCAUCAACCCCCCGCUCAGCUUGCAGGAAACACAAGUCACUCCUGAGGAAAUCACCCCCCUGGUUUCUCCUCAGUCUGGAGACAAGGGUCAGGAUGACCUUACCAGCUAUUUCUUAGAAGCACUUUUGAAAUACAUGGUAAUCCAGGCCAAAAGUUUGGAGUGGAAAUGCAAGGAAAAUCACGAAAAGGGCUUUGCUUUCCUGUUUGGAAACUUCAAAAAGUAUUAUCUUCCUCAUAUUUUCCCAAAUUUUUCCAAGGAGACCAGUUUAUACAAUCCAGUACUUGAGGUGCCUCACAUGAGACCAAAGCCACAUUAUGUGAUAAUAAAGAGAGACCCGGAGACCGGCGGAGACAUCUAUUGCACUAAAGAGAUGUUCCUGAAUGCUCGCGUCGUCUUCAUUCGCUGGCUGGUGUCUUUCUGGCUGGAGCCCCGAUCCAACACUGGGACUCAUAUCCCUGGGGUCGAAGGAGAAAACGUGCCAAAGAACAUUCAGAGGGCAGCAGCUGGCCUGGCAGCCAGAGAGGACAGCGGCCCCAGGCCUGAUGGUGUGGACAGCGGUGUGGAGACAGAGCAGUCUCACUCCAACACCAGCACGCUGACCGAGAGGGAGCCCAGCUCUUCUAGCCUCUGCAGUGUGGAUGAAGAGCACCUCACGGACAUCGAAGUGGUCAGGAAGGUCUUCUGCUCUUCCAGAACCAAUGUCAACUUCAUCACUGAGAUCUUCCGGCAGGCUUUCCUGCUGCCCAUGUGCGAGGCGGCAGCCAUGAGGAAGGUGGUGAGGGUGUACCAGGAGUGGAUCGCUCAGGAAGACAAGCCUGUGUUCAUGAGGGACCCCGAGGAGCACUGCAGCUCCCCGGCCACCAGCGUCAUCCACCUGGGCUCAGCCGGGGAGCCAGGGUCCGAAAAGGACCAGGAGGAGGAAAAGGUUGGAAAAGCCUCUGGCCAUACUCGGACCCCCAGCUGGCCCAGAAACUCUUCCUACCAAGAUGCCAUUAACAAAAUGGCAGACUGUGAGCUGCAAGAAUACAAUGUGUGCGCUGGAGUACAGUCCACAUUACAGGUUUUUAUAACCAAUUCCUCCAACGUUUUCCUCCUUGAACCAGCUAACGAUGUAAAAUUCUUAUUGGAAGAGCAUAUCGAUAUGUGUAAACGUGUCCUCAAUAUUUAUCGCAGUCUGGUCAUGCAUGAGACAAUGGAUCAGAAGACGUGGGAGCAGAUACUCUUGGUGCUACUCAGGGUGACGGAGUGUGUGAUGAAAAGGCCACCUUCAGCUGUGCCACAUGGGAAGAAAUGCAUGACACUCUCUGGAAGGUUGGCUGGGGCAAUAUUUCAGACCUUAAUAGUGGCAUGGAUCAAAGGGAACCUGAAUGUGUACAUCUCUCGGGAGCUGUGGGAUGACCUGCUGGCAGUGCUGUCCUCACUGACCUGCUGGGAGGAGCUGGUCACAGAAUGGUCCCUCACCAUGGAGACUCUAACGAAGGUACUGGCCAGAAACCUCUACAGCCUGGACCUUAAUGACCUGCCCCUGGAAAAGCUGAGCGAGCAGAAGCUGAAGAAACACAAGGGCAAAGGUGGAGCUCACGAGUCCCAGAAGUUGUCUGUGGACAGGUCCUUCUCCAAAGGCUGGAGCAGGGACCAGCCUGGACAGGCCCCCAUGAGACAGCGCAGUGCCACUACUGCUGGCUCUCCGGGGAUUGAGAAAGCCAGGAGUAUUGUUCGCCAGAAAACUGUUGCCCUGCGAAGUCGGUCAACUGGCGACAGCAUCCUGUCUUCAGCCUUUAUACGCAGCGCUAAAAGUGCACCUGUCCUGAUUCAUCCUGUCCACCCUCUCCUGCCUGACUCUGUGCUCUCUCCCCUAGCUGACGAGCUGUCAGAUAUGGAGGACCCCCCGGUGGUUUCCCGUGCUCCGCGGAUGCGGCACUUCUCCCAGAGCGAAGAGACGCCCCCCUCGGAGGUGUUUGUGGCGUCCGGGGAAGAGCAGCCCUUGCCCAGGAGCAGCAGCACGUCAGACAUCAUGGAGCCCUUCAUCGCAGAGCGGGUCAAAGGUGACGGUCCAUCUCACAGUGCUCCUGGCUCGCAGAGUCCCCCAGAGGUCAUCCCAUGGUCUAGAUCCACUGCGGGCCACCCGAUGGGUGCCGGCAGCAGGGUGUCCUCACUGGAAGUGGGGGAUAGCAUUUACGACCACCUGUGCCAGCUGGUAGGGCCUUCCGAACAGCCCCCGCCAGCCUUCCUGCCCAGCCAGUCUGUAGAGAGCGAGAGGGAGGAGGACUUGCUGUCAUCUCUUAGGGAGUACCUGAAGCACAAGGGGGAAGGGGUCGGGACAGCUGAGGGAGAAAGCUGCGCCAUUCUCGAUGCUCUGAGCGAGGCGAUGGAAGGCCAGGCUGCUCAGGCACUGAUAGACAGGUGGCAGUAUGACGACAGGACUCGCGUGUGCCAUGAAGGAAGCGCUGGCUCUGCCGCAGACGAGGACACCGUAGGGCGUUCAGAGCAGGACCUGGUCGAGGGUCUAGAGUGCAGCAGUAAGGCAGAUCAGUCAGGCUGGCAGACAAAAGAACUCUUUAUCCAGGAGGAUGGCCUGGACACGAGGGGUAGCCCCUGCCAUGCAGAGAGGACCAAUCACUUGCUUAGACAGGAUGCCCUGGAGCUGGAUGUGGGCUCUGAGGUGGCCCCAGUAGGGAGAGGUAGGGGGGAGUCCGGCGCCAGCCCCAAGGAGAACCCGUCACAGGAGCACUGCUCACAGACCCCCCGAGCUCUGAGCACCACGGCGGUCAGCAGGCAAACCUCCUCCACCGCAGCCUUCAAGCCCAGGCUCGUCCGAGGAGGAGGAGGAGGAGGAAAGAAGCGGCACAGCGGGGUUCAUGUCAGCUUCCGGCCCUCCACUGAGUCCGUUCAGUUCCACAACCCUUUAGAGACCAAGGAAGCCCCCUGGAAAGCCAGGCUCCGGCGGCUCAGCGGCUUCAGUGGAGGGAGCAGCAGUGGGACCCCGACUGGGGCAGCCGAUCCCGCCAGGCCCGGCGCCCCCAAGUCCGGCGCCGCGGGAUCUGCGAGCAGUGGCAGGGCAAAGGAGGCGGUAGGGGAGGCCCAGGUGGGGGAGCAGGUGGACAAGGACGGACCGGCCGGCGGCUGGGAGAGUGGGCACCCGGUCAGGUCCAGGUCGCAGGAGUCAGGCCAUCACGCGCAGCAGGGGUCCCUGGGUGGUGUCUAUAAAUCUGUCGUACAUGCUCUCUCCAAGCCGAAGGCACACGUCUCCCCACAGCGGCAGAGCAAAGUGCCAGCCGAGGCGCCACUGAGGGAUCUGUACACUCAUGUAAUGGGCUAUUUUGGAAGGAAAGCAACAGCCAAUAAAGAGGACCUGAGCCAAAAGAUCCGCCCGAUUUCUACUGACGUUGGUAACAGCAACCCCAACAUCAGCGACCUGAUGGAUGAGUUCAUUCAAGAGAGGCUGCGAGCCAGAAGCACAUCUGGUGUCACAAGGAGAGGCAGCAGCCCUGGAAGCCUUGAGGUUCCCAAGGACUUUCCGGACCUCCUGAACCGCCAGAAUCCCAUGCGCCCUAUCGACGACCCCGGCGUGCCCUCGGAGUGGACCUCCCCCGCCAGCGCCGGCAGCAGUGACCUCAUCAGCUCCGACAGCCACUCCGACUCCUUCAACGCCUUCCAGUGCGACAGCCGCAAGUUUGACAACUUCAGUUUGGGACCUGAUGUUUCUGCUGCGGGGUCUCUGGAGCAUGAUGGAUUACAGCUGCGACACCAGACGGCAGAGGAGCAGGAGCUGGCCAGCCUGACCACCCUGCACAUCGAUUCGGAGACCAGCAGCCUGAGCCAGCAGCCCCUGUCAGCAGACACAGUCACUAUCACUGGGUCUGAAAGUGCCUCCCCACUGCACUCCCCCACUGGCUCCCGGUCCCAGACACCCUCCCCUGCCACGCUCAACGCCGACCACAUGGAGCACAAGGACCUGCAGCUGGACGAGAAGCUCCACCACUCCGUCCUGCAGACUCCCGAUGACCUAGAAACCAGCGAGUUCCCAACAGAGGACUGCAGUGUGAUGGCAGGAGGGAGUUUGACUGGCUGGCACGCCGAUGUUGCCACGGUGAUGUGGAGGCGAAUGCUGGGAAUUCUGGGGGAUGUCAAUUCCAUCAAGGAUCCUGAAAUCCAUGCUCAGGUCUUUGACUACCUCUGUGAGCUGUGGCAGAACCUGGCCAAGAUCCGAGACAAUCUGGGUAUAUCACUAGACAACCAGACAUCGCCGCCUCCUCCUGUCCUCAUACCCCCGCUGCGCAUCCUGACUCCUUGGCUGUUUAAAGCUACAAUGCUGACGGAGAGGUACAAGCAAGGGAAGCUUCAUGCCUACAAGCUGAUUUGUAAAAUCAUGAAAAGGCGACAGGAUGUGUCGCCUAACUGUGAUUUCCUGACACACUUCUACAACAUCAUGCACUGCGGGCUGCUGCACGUCGACCAGGACAUUGUGAACACCAUCAUCAAGCAUUGCUCUCCUCGCUUCUUUUCUAUUGGCUUGCCUGGAGCUACCAUGCUGAUACUGGAUUUCAUCGUUGCAGCAAGCAGAGUGACCACCUCAUCCUCUUUGAAUGCUCCCCGACUGGAAGCCCAGAUCCUCCUGGGCUCGCUGGUCUGCUUGCCCAACUUGUACGAGGAGCUGCCAGCUCUUCACCCAACCACGGCGGAUGUGGUGAUGACCAAGUUCAGAGACGUCAAGGAGCACAUCAUUAAACACAUACUCAGCUCAGCCCGGGAAGAGCCAUCUGCCCCAGCAAGGUGCGUUGCUCUUUGCAGCUUGGGCAUUUGGCUGUGUGAAGAGCUGAUGCACAACACACGCCACCCUCAAAUCAAAGAGGCUUUGAAUGUCAUCUGUGUCACGUUGAAGUUUCCAAAUAAAACUGUUGCACAAGUGGCAUCAGAUAUACUGCACUUGCUCAUAAAUUAUGUGGAUAAUCUUCAGGGUUUCCCAGCUCAUUCUCCCAAGAAAAUAGUAGAGAUCCUUAUAGCAACCAUCACUUACCUGCUUCCUUCAACAGAAUCAUCCCCUCACGAGGCUGAUAAGAGGUUGGUAGUGUCCCUCCUGCUGUGCCUGUUGGACUGGGUUAUGGCCUUACCCCCAAAGACCCUACUGCAGCCAGUGCACGUUGGUGGACCAGAUAAGGAUAAAGCUGAAAAAUCUGUCCUCAGCUGCAUCUACAAGGUGCUUCAUGGGUGUGUAUACGGAGCGCAGAAUUUCACCAACCCCAGGUAUUCUCCUAUUAACCUGUCUGACCUGGCCAGCGCUGAUUACGACCCUUUCCUUCACCUGGAGAGCCUGAAGGAGCCCGAGCCCCUGCACUCCCCGGACUCGGAGAGAUCUUCCAAGCUGCAGCCGGUCACCGAAGUGAAAAGCCGCAUGCAGCAGGGCCUCAUCUCCAUCGCCGCACGGACGGUGAUAACGCACCUGGUGAACCACCUGGGCCACUACCCCAUGAGCGGGGGGCCGGCGAUGCUCACCAGCCAGAUCUGCGAGAACCAAGACAACCCUUACAGCGAGUGCCCCGAGCUCUCCACCGAGCUCUUCGAGAGCCCCAACCUGCAGUUCUUCGUGCUGAACAACACCACCCUGCUCUCCAGCCUGCAGAUCCGGGCCGAGGACAACAUCCCUGGGGGAGGCAUGUCGGCUGGCCUCACCACGACCAGCUCGACCGUGCGGAUCAUCGUCCGGGAUAUUUCCGGCAAGUACUCCUGGGACUCGGCGAUCCUGUACGGGCCGCCACACUGCAGCCAGCCUAGCCAGCCGCUCCGGUUCCUGGAGCCCCAGCCCCGCCAGGACGAGCCGGGCGAUGAGGAGGCGCUGCAGGAGGAAGACGGGGGCGAGGCGCAGGAAGAGGACGUGGAGAUCCUAGAGGAGGAAGACAGCGAGGAAGAGGAAGGGCUGAAGGACUUCAUGGCCCCCCUGGCCAAGCGGAGGUGCAGGGAGGCGGUGCCCUCCUGGGACUCCCUGCGAGAUGACGAAGACGCUCUGGACGAGAUGCUGCAGUACCUGGGCACCACCAGCCCCGAGUGCCUGCAGCGGGCGGGGGUGCCCCUCAACACCCCGCCGCCGCCGCCCGGCUGCGUGUCGGAGAAGCAGGAGAACGACGUCAUCAACGCCAUCCUGAAGCAGCACACGGAGGAGAAGGACUUCGCUGAGCGGCGCAGCAACGACCUCCACAUGAGGGCCAUGGAGCAGGAGGAGCCCGCUCCCACGAUGCCCCAGUCCGCCUUCUACUACUGCAGGCUGCUGCUCAACAUCCUGGGCAUGAACUCCUGGGAGAAGAGGAGUAGUUUCCACCUUCUCAAGAAGAAUGAGAAGCUACUAAGAGAACUGAAGAAUCUAGACUCCAGACAAUGUCGGGAAACACACAAGAUAGCAGUGUUCUACGUUGCUGAAGGACAGGAGGACAAACACUCAAUUCUGUCCAACACCAGCGGAAGUCAAGCUUAUGAGGACUUCGUCUCAGGGUUGGGCUGGGAGGUUAAUCUGACAAACCACUGCGGCUUCAUGGGGGGGCUUCAACGGAACAAAAGCACAGGACUAACCACUCCUUAUUUUGCAACGUCUACUGUAGAAGUCAUGUUUCACGUUUCAACAAGAAUGCCCCCAGACUCUGAUGAUUCUUUGACAAAAAAGCUGAGGCACCUGGGUAAUGACGAGGUGCACAUUGUGUGGUCGGAGCACUCCCGGGACUACAGGAGAGGGAUUAUUCCCACGGAGUUCGGAGACGUUCUUAUCGUCAUCUACCCCAUGAAGAACCACAUGUACAGCAUCCAGAUCACAAAAAAGCCCGAGGUCCCGUUUUUUGGUCCGUUGUUUGACGGUGCCAUCGUGGAUGAGAAGGUUCUGCCCACGCUGGUGAGGGCCACAGCUAUCAACGCCAGCCGGGCUCUGAAGUCCCUCAUUCCCCUCUUCCAGAACUUCUACGAGGAGAGGGCGCGCUAUCUGGAGACCAUUGUGCAGCACCACCUGGAGCCCACCACCUUCGAGGACUAUGCCGCUCAGGUCUUCUGUCCAGCCCCCUUCCACCACCUCCCUGCAGAUGCAGAGAGAAAUGCUGUGAUAUUUCUGCUCCUUCCCAAACCUCCACUAGAAAACAUUGGCCUCAUCAAGGUAAAGGGCAGAGGCUUGAAACGGAAGGUCUUUCACGCUAGCUGUGAAUGGCUCAUGUCCCGAGAGUCAGCAGGGAGAAGGCCCGGCAGCGCAGGCCGACGGGAGCGACUCAGCCUUACCAAUGUCUCCUCGUGCUAGCAAGAGCCGCAUGUCCAUGAAGCUGCGCCGCUCCUCCGGCUCGGCGAACAAGACCUGAGCGCCGGCGCCCCGCCCCCUGCCCGUCUCCACAGACGGCCCGGACGCUCGCCCGGCUGCUGCCGGGAGGGACGCGCAUCCCUGUGCACACGUACGGAUUCGCAGCACUCACCUGUGUCCGAGAACAACAAGCUCAUCUCCAGUGUGUGUCCUCCACAGAACAAGCAGUUAGCGCAUUCACAUUGACGCAACCUGUUAUUGAAAUAAUGCAAUGAUAUUGUCAUCCAAUGUAUUAUUUUAGCUGUUGCCACUGUGCUUUAAAAUGAAAUGGGUGCAACCAUUUUUCUCCCUCCACACUAAUAUAUGUGGCAGUAUUUGUACAGAAGGAAAUGACAAAGUGGUUGAAGCUUCUUGGCAUACAAAUGUGUAGCUUUUUUAUACACUGACGAUUGUUGUUUCUUCCAUAAUGCAGUCAUUUAUACGUGUAACGUUCACAACUUUUUUAUUCCAAACAGAGGGGUCUGAAGCAAAACCAACUCAUCAGCGUGUGAGGAGGGACUGGGGAACCCCCAUUGCAUGAAACCUAAAUUAAAAUCGCAGACAUUUUGACGUUUUCAUUUUACGAGACAGUAGACAAAAUGGCUUCUUUGUUUUCAACAAGUUUAAUUUCUCAUAUUCUUUUCUAAUAGACUUUAGUGUUAAAUUCUUCAGAAAAUAUAUUUCUCACCCUAGAAUAUAGUAACGUUCUUUCCAUGACAAUAUUAUUGGCCUCCUUUUUAGGUUUUGAAAGCAUUAGGAGUAUAAUAUGUAACAUCCUAACCUGACGGGUAUCCAUAAAUAAAUUAACAUCACCUGGCCCGUUGAUGUAUUUAGUUUUUUAAUAUGGCACAAAAGUUGAAUGAACCUUUAGUGACCUACGAGCAAGUAAACUGCAGGUUACAGAAUGAACGUCUUUGUUUGUGGAUCGCAUUUGUGCAGCAGAGCUGCUUGUUUUGCAGCUUGGCGCUGGUGUGUGUUGAGCUGGUAUACUCCGUCAGGCCACUAAAUCUAGUCUGCUGUGUCUUCAUCCAGAUGAAGAGUUGUUCCUCUUCAGAAAUGACUGAAUAUCCUUUAUAUAAGCCUUUGUGUAGUUUUAAUAUUGGGUAUUGGUAUUAUAAGGAAGAGACUACCCCAUUCUAAAAUUAAAUUCUUACUCUUGUCCUAAAGAUUAUAAAUUGCAAAUAAAAAAAGACUGAAAUAUGUAAAUCUGCUUCUUGAGGUUAAACAAGACUACAAGAUAUGUGGUUUCCUAACUCAAUGCAGUAGGAGGGCACGAUUUUCCAUUGGCUGUGUUCUAUAGAUAAGAAAGCAGCACUACUGAAACCUGUGGAAAGUAGACACCAAGAGUUUGCACUGUUGUGUGGCACUAAAUAUGGCUCUGGGACCUCUGCACUUGAAAUAAUCUUGUACCAUCUACAAUGCUGCCUUGUUUCCCAAAUUAGCUGAGAACAGUACUGCCCAGCUGUGAUAAAGUGCACAUCUAUAUACUGUGUGUUGCUAUUGAAUGAGGAUCAAGGAGGUUAGUAGUGCUGUCAGAUACCCUGUGUGACCUAUGUAGCUCUUACAGAAGUUGCCAACUUUGUAUCUGUUAGGAAUUUGACAAAAGUACAUCUAUUGUUUUUUUUUGUGUGCUUUUUUAUGUUCAGAAAUAGCUUCUCUUUUAGAGAGAAAAUGGUUUAUUAUUUGUGGUCAUUUUCUGACCAGCACAGAUUUUACUUAUUUUUUUAACUCUUAGAAUGCUGGCUUGUUUUGUUUUACAUGCUGUCCAUUUUAAAGAAUUCAGUAUGGAUGUUUUUUUUUUUUUGUUGUUGUUGUUGUUGAUUUCAUGUCUAUUUUCAUUUAAUGUCGUGUGACAUUGGAUGGAAUUAAAAUGGGUCAGGAAUGGUGUUGGAGCUCACCAUUACUUGUCCAGGUGUUCAAAAGGUGAAUUUUUCUUUAGCAUUUUUUAAUACAAAUUGUUGUGGAUGGUUUACGCUGAAAAUUCUUGUCAAAACAUGAAAGCUGUUAAACACUUAUGCAAAUGUUGGGAUCACCCCCCCGUAUAAAGAAAACAAGUAAAAAAGUUUCCAUUUUUAUAUUAUUUUGAAGAGAAAGCUCAUGCAGCAUUCUAAGGUUUUUUUUUGCUAAAUAAAAACAGUGAAUAUAUAUAUAUACUGUAUUCCAGCUUUUGGAAUGUGUGCAUAAUAUAAAAGGAAAACCUUGGCUCACAAUCAAUAGUCUUUUGAGUAAUAUAUGUUACUACUAACCAAAUGCAGCAUGACAUCAGUACUAACUGCAUGUGUGAAAAUAAAAUCUAUACAGUACUGUCAUACAUGUAGUAUCUAUACAUUUGUAAUGGCUGUAAAGGAAAGAAAAUGGAGGUGCGAUUUAAUUUGACAAUAAAACUAUUCUUACCAUU